AUGAAUAGAAUUACCCUUCUAAGUGAAACUAUCUUUAUAAAUGCUUAUGAACAUUCAAAGAGCAGGUUAUUAACUGCAUUAAUAAUAGUUAGUCUAUUUGCAAUUCAUGGUUACAGAAAGAAAUCAUUGUCAACCUCUGGUGUGAUUGCUGCGUGGUGUGUUGGUAUGAUUACCUGUAUAUCUAGUUGGUCAUUUGCAGUUUCAUUGUUAUCUUUUUAUUUCUCAUCGUCAUAUCUCACCAAGUAUAAAGCAUCAAUAAAGAAAAAAAUUGAAGAAAAUCAUUUACUUGGUAAAUUUUACAAACAACCACCAUUUAAACUAGCUAGCUAUUCUAACACUUAUCAUCUUAAAUCAAUAGGUGGACAAAGAAAUUAUGUACAGGUACUCUCUAAUAGUUUGAAUGCAGCAGUUUGUGGACUUGUAUUCCUUUUAUUUUCAUUUGAUCCAAGAAUCACUUUUAUAGACUCUGACUACAAGUUUGAUGCGUUUUUGAUUUGUGCAGUUGUUGGACACUAUGCCGCUUGCAAUGGUGAUACCUGGGCAUCUGAGCUUGGUAUUCUCAAUAAAAAGAAACCGAUUCUUGUCACAACACUCAAACCAGUUCCAACAGGUACCAACGGAGGUGUCAGUUUGGUGGGUAUCUUGGCUUCAAUCGCAGGUGGUUCAUUCAUAGGAAUAAUAUAUUACUUUACAUCUGCACUAUUCAACAAUGGUCAUGCGCUGAAAUCACAGAUUCCAAUCAUCUAUCUUGGUACUUUUGCUGGAUUGUUUGGUUCUCUCAUUGAUUCAUUGAUGGGAGCAACACUACAAUAUUCAGGAUGGAAUAAAAAGAAAUUAGUGGUCACCAACAAUCCGCCAAGCAAAUUAAACUCUCAAGAUAUAGAUCAUAUUUGUGGUGUAGAUUUACUUGAUAAUCACCAAGUUAAUUUCCUCUCAUCGUUGUUGAUAUCGAUGAUCUGUGAAAAAGGUUUUUAUAAAUAA